AUGGCGCCUUUCCCCGAGUCGAUAAUAGACGUCGGUUAUCCCCUAUACGGAUGCGACUUCGACCCUCAAGACUCCAAUCGUCUGUUUGUGGGUGGUGGUGGAGGAGCAACGAAAAGCGGCGUUGGCAACAAGAUCACCCUGGUGGACACAUCAUCCCUGGAGAAACUCGAGCCCGCCGGGCAGGUCGAGCUGAGCGGCAACGAGGACAAUGUCGCGAACCUCAUCGCAGGCCAGCGCAAGGGCAAGUCCACCCUGCUAUACGCCGGCAUCAACUCGAGCCCGGACGACUUGAAGAAGGGAAAGAACGAGCACUUCCGUGUCUUCAGCGUCGACCCGCCCAAGGCCAAGGCCGUGCUUGGGGCUAGGAUCACCGAGCUCUCCAGGACGCAGCUGUUCACGACCGCCGAUUCCGACACAUACCAGCGCCUGUUGAGGCUGUCGCAGCCCUUCGCAGGCUCCCCGCAGCUCGGCGCCGUCGCAACAGGUUUCGCGAACUCGUCUCACCAGAUCGCCAUCUACGACGUCGCAGCUGGCAGCAAUGUCGCCCCCAAGCCCAGGGGCGUCCUUGACAUCACAAAAGAAGCGAUAGACAUGGACGUGAUACAGACCGCCGACGACCAGUUCCAAGUGCUCUACUGCGACGACUAUGACAUCUACUCCGUCAAAGUGCCCAAGACGGGCGAUGUCACCGCCGAGCCAGCAAGGAUCUACUCUAUCCCGCACGACGACAGCUCUGGCCUGCGGCCCGCCCUCCGCUGCCUGCGCUACCUGACGCCCGGCUUUGCCGUGGGCGUCGCGAACCUGCCCAAGGCUGGCGGCGUGGUGCUGUACGGUUUUCGCCUUCCCAAGCCCGGCAAGGAGGACACGCGGGCACGCAUCUCGGUCAACGCCAAGCUGCCUAAGCGGCAAGGGCUCAAGGCGACUGGGCUGGCGGUCGCCAACCUCAGCCCGGUGACGUCUCCGGGCGCAAAGCAGGGCGACGCGCAGUUCGUGCUCGCCGUGACAGGCACAGACCUCAGCAUCCACUUGUACACCCUCGAUCACCAAAGAAUUGGGGAUAUCGACAUGCUCGCCAACCUGCUACCCCUGACGACCUUGCGGAAUGUCCACACGGCAAUGGUUACCGGCCUUAGCUUCAGUCACUUUGCGCCGCCAGAGAGGGGGACGAGCCGCACCCAGCACUUGAAGCUGGCGUCCACGUCAGUCGGCAACGCGGUCGCCGUCCAGAGCAUCCCGCUGCGCAAGUUUAUUGACCCCUCCGCGCCGGUGCGCCGUGGCGGACCCCCGCGCCAGCCCCGCUACGUCGUCGCGAUGAAAAGCCGCAGGCCCACGAUCUGGGGCCUGCUAACGGGAAUCACCUGCUUCGUCCUUCUGUUGGCCAUCCUCCUACAAGGCAUUCUGGAAGUGAAGGGCCUCGCGCCGCCAACAGUCGGGGGUCACAAGUGGCUGCCUUCAUCCAUUCAUUCGGCGCCUCCCCGAGUUGUGCCUCCGCACGGCGGCUUCCUGACCAAGUUGCUGGCCGGGAAGUCGUCAGAUAAUGGCGGCGAGAAGCAGCAGGUCGUCGUUCUGGACGUUGAUGGAAAGGAGGUCGAGGUCCUCACGACCACCACUCUGGCGGCCGCGACCGCCAGCGGCGAGCCAGCGGCUACAAGCUGGGAGGAUCUUGCGCCCGAACAGAAGGCGGCGUGGAAGGACAGGCUCAAGCGCGCGGGACACUGGGCUGAAGAGCACGGCGAGACGAUCUUCAAGGGCGUCCUCUUUGGCGAGCUUGCCGGCGUCGUGGGCGGUAUCGUGGCUGGCUAG